CGUUGCAGACAAAACCCCCAGCUUAAACCCUAACACUUGCCCAUCCGGACGCAGUUAACAAAUUCCAAAAUCUCUUCGGCCUCAACCGUCUAAUGCUGCCGCAGGAUCUUCUUCAACCUCUCACCAAUGUCCUUCCCCUUCCCCUUCCCCUCUUGAUUCUACUAGUCGGAGAAGCUACAGCAACUAGUUCUUUUCCGUUCUGGCUCCUAUUAUGCUUGCCAACUGCAGACAAGUUUUCAACCCUUCUCGUUGCUCUAUGAGAUUUGCUUCUUCUGAAGGUUAUUCUGUUCUUAAUUCAAGUGAUCUUCAACACUGGUUCAAAAAUUGGCAAGGACUCAGAAAAAAUAAACUGACAGCAAGCACUUUUGCUGCGGCGGUUGGUUUUUUUCAUCGCAGAAGACUCCAGCUUUGGCUAGAGAAGAUUGGAGCCCUUGAACCAUUUUCGGGUAAUUUGGCUACCUGUUGGAGCAAUAUCAAAGAAGAGGAAGCACUUGAAAGAUACAAGCUGAUAACAGGAAAUUCCGUUUUGUUUCCUGAAUUUCAAGUUUAUGGUAAUAGGAAUGUUGGAGAGGAUUGGCUGGGAGCUUCACCAGAUGGGGUGAUUGAUAGGCUGGUAUACGGAUUGCCUUCACGAGGAGUACUGGAGAUUAAGUGUCCAUUUUUUUAUGGAAAUAUGAAGAAGGCUACCCCUUGGUCACGAAUUCCUCUUUGUGUUCCACAGGCUCAGGGUUUAAUGGAAAUACUUGACAGGGAUUGGAUGGAUUUCUAUGUUUGGACUCCUAAAGGGAGCAGCCUAUUCAGGGUAUAUCGGGAUGCAGAAUACUGGGAUGUUCUGAAAAUAGUUCUCUCGGAUUUUUGGUGGAAUCAUGUCCAGCCAGCGAGGGAGAUCUUGAGCAAGUCUCAGAUUAGAGAUCCCCUCGUUGAAUUAAAAUCGCUCAAGCCAACACCCAGAAGAUUUUACUGGAGUUGGAUUGUACAUUAUCUCAAAGGCAAGUAGAAGGCUGUAAAGACGGUCUCAAUUAUUUCAGUGGUUGGGAGUGCUCUCUACUUUAAUUUAGUAUCCAAGGAUCUUUUGUGUAUGAACGGAUUGCAGAAAUAUGACAGAUAGCUAGCUAGUAGGUUAUGCAGAGGUAUUUGCUAGAAAUCUCUUAUCGAAUUUGAAGGGCUUGAAAUGUGUACUAAAAGUCCGCAAGCAAUGUACGAAUGAAUAAGGUCAUUUGUAAAACAAUCUGUGAUUUGUUUAAGCUAGUCAAUCUGUGAUUUGUCGCUUCCUUGGCUGAUCAGAUUCGAGAAACUUAAAUUUAUAGUUACUCGUUUUUGAGAGGUGAAUCUAUAAAUUAUCGUUAGUUUUUUCAUCACA